GCCAUCAGCUUUAGUUGAACAGACUGACGGAUCAGAUCAGGCGAUGGCCUGCUUCCACAGGCUGCUGUUGUGGCUAGGAGCUGCGGGAGCCAUUCUUUGCUCCAGUUCGGGGUCCCAGGCGCCUUUUCAGACAUCCGCGCCCUUGCAGCUGCUAACCCCGAGCUCCUGGGACCAGAAAGUCACUCCUACGCCCCAUGAAUUGGAGCCAGCCUCCCUCCCAAAUCCUCUAGAUGGGGAGGGGCCUUGGGUGUUCAACACCUGUGGGGCCAGCGGUCGCCGAGGACCAACACAAACCCAGUGCGACUGGGCAUAUGCAGGGAGCAGCGUGGCGGUGACAGUGGGGCCCUCCGGGCCGCUGAGAGGCGUGCAGCUGUGGCGGGUGCCAGACACCGGCCAGUAUCUGAUCUCAGCCUACGGAGCCGCGGGCGGCAAAGGCGCCAGGAACCACCUGUCGCGGGCGCACGGUGUCUUCCUCUCGGCGGUCUUCUCCCUUAGACGUGGGGAGCCGCUGUACAUCCUUGUGGGGCAGCAGGGCGAGGACGCCUGUCCCGGAGGGAGCCCAGAGAGCCAUCUCGUCUGCCUGGGAGAGUCUUGGGCCGCCGAGGAGCACGCGGCCAGAGAUGGGACCGAAAGGGCCCGGAGCUGGGCUGGCGGGGGCGGCGGCGGCGGGGGCGCCACCUACAUUUUCCGGCUGCACUCGGGGAAGCGGGAGCCACUGCUGGUGGCCGCUGGAGGCGGCGGGAGGGCCUACUUGAGGCGACCCGACCGCGGCUGGACUCAGGCGGCCGGGCAGAAACUGGAGAAGCGCUUGGCUGCACCCGGCAGCGGCGGGAGAGGAGGCCCGGCAGGUGGAGGGGGCGGCUGGACGUCGCACCCCCCUUCUCCGCAGGCCGGCCGCUCCCUGCAGGAAGGGGCAGAGGGCGGCGAGGGCUGCUCAGAGGCCUGGGCAGCAAUCGGCUGGGCCGCAGCGGGCGGCUUCGGGGGUGGCGGCGGGGCAUGCACCGCGGGAGGCGGCGGUGGAGGCUACCAGGGAGGUGACACUUCAGAGUCUGACAUCCUCUGGGCUGAUGGGGAAGAUGGGGUAUCCUUCAUACACCCCAGGAGUGAGCUCUACCUACAGCCUCUGGCAGUCACAGAAAGCCAUGGAGAGGUUGAGAUCCGAAGGCACCUCAAUUGCAGUCAUUGCCCUUUGAAAGACUGCCAGUGGCAGGCAGAGCUCCAGAUGGCUGAAUGUAUAUGCCCAGAGGGCAUGGAGCUAGCUGUGGAUAGCAUCACUUGCAUGGACCUGCCCAGCACCACAAGCCCUCUGGUUCUGAUGGGAGCUGUGGUGGCAGCCUUGACACUAAGUCUCCUUAUGGCAUGUGGAGUCCUGAUUCUGGUGAACCAGAAGAAAUGGCAGAACCUGUGGGGGACCAGGCUUCCAGGCCCUGAGCUUGAGCUAAGCAAGCUUCAAACCUCUGCCAUUAGGACAGCACCCAAUCCCUAUUACUGUCAGUUGGGACUCAGCCCAGCCCAGUCCUGGCCUCUGCCCCCAGGGCUGACUGAGGUUUUGCCAGCCAAUGUUACUCUACUCAGAGCCCUGGGCCAUGGUGCCUUUGGGGAGGUGUAUGAGGGCCUGGUAACUGGCCUUCCUGGGGAUCCCAGUCCUCUACAGGUAGCUAUCAAGACACUGCCAGAGCUCUGUUCCCGACAGGAUGAGCUGGACUUCCUCAUGGAGGCGCUCAUCAUCAGCAAGUUCAGCCAUCAGAACAUUGUGCGCUGUGUGGGGCUCAGCUUCCAGGCUGCCCCUCGUCUCAUUUUGCUGGAACUGAUGUCUGGAGGGGACAUGAAGAGUUUUCUGAGGCAUAGCCGGCCACAACUAAGUCAACCAUCACCUUUGGCCAUGCAGGACUUGUUGCAGCUGGCUCAGGACAUAGCCAAGGGCUGUCAUUACCUAGAGGAAAAUCACUUCAUCCACAGAGACAUUGCUGCCAGGAACUGCCUGCUAAGCUGCACUGGGCCCAGCCGAGUGGCCAAGAUUGGGGACUUUGGGAUGGCAAGAGAUAUCUACCGGGCCAGUUAUUACCGCAAGGGGGGCCAAGCCUUGCUCCCUGUCAAAUGGAUGCCUCCAGAGGCUCUCCUGGAGGGUGUCUUCACAUCCAAGACAGACUCCUGGUCUUUUGGGGUACUGCUCUGGGAGAUCUUCUCACUGGGUUAUAUGCCCUAUCCUGGGCAUACCAACCAGGAAGUUCUGGAUUUCAUCAUCAAAGGGAGCCGGAUGGACCCUCCUAGGGGCUGUCCUGGGCCAGUGUACCGCAUCAUGACCCAGUGUUGGCAGCACCAGCCUGAGCUCCGCCCCAACUUUGCCAGCAUCUUGGAGCACCUUCAAUACUGCACUCAGGACCCUGAUGUGCUGAAUUUGCCCCUGCCAGUGGAACUGGGGCCCAUCUUGGAGGAGGAAGGGGCUUCUGGGCUGGGGAACAGGUCCUUUGAGGAUCUAAAAUCCCCACAGCCCCUGGACCAGUGUUCAGUGAACUUGAAAAGCUGGGGAGGAAGCCCUUUUGCCUCUUGGCUGUCUUCUGAUCUCAAAUUCCAAGGCCUCCAACCUCAGAACCUUUGGAAUCCCACCUAUGGUUCCUGGGCCCCAAGGGCCCCUGAGGGUGAAGACUCAGGCAUUGACCUCAGCAACAGCUCCUCCUUGCAUACCUUUCCAGGCCUCUAGCUGGCUUGUUAUUCCAGUAGCCUCUGCCCCCUGCAGUCCAUGCUGCAUGUUCAGGCCUGUCUCAGGGAUGUCCUGGCAGCCUUGGCCUUUCCACACUGGAAGCCAGCCCAGGGCUCCUUGGGGAAGGGCCUGAUCACUCCUAAUCUUUGGUCUUUGGAACCACAGGCUGCCCACCCACCCACUCUAGGAGUCAGUGAGGAGUCCUGGUUUGCCCUCUUCCCAUAAAACAUC